UUCAUCUGGCGGGCCUGCCUUUGAUUAGGGUCUAAGAUCACGUGAUGCUCGGUGGAAAACUAGAUCAAACUUAGUUUGCUGUUUUUUCUUCCACAUUUCUUCUUCUUCAUCACUUAUCUUCUCCCUCGUGGCUUUUCUCUCUAGUACGUUUUCUGGUCGGAACAAACCGACCUCUUUGUACAAAGUCUCUCUUCUGGUGUUUGAUAUGCGGUUAGUUAGGAUGACAAAUUUGCUUGUUGUAAGUUGCUUCGGAGAAAAGCGUCUGCUGAAUACCCUAAAUAUCUAUGUAAAUGUAAAAGGGGAAAUACAUAUUAAGGACAUUUGUUAGGACAUCUCACCCAGGGAAUGCAAACGGUUAGACUACAUACAUUUAGGAUUCAAACCUACAACUGCUGGACUAACUGCUGAUUGAUGGAGGCAAUCAAUCAAUCAAUCAAUCAAUCAAUCAAUCAAUCAAUCAAUCAAUCAAUUCUAGGUGCCAUUGGUGCUGGGAUAGCCUAGCGGUUAGCCUAUCCUAGCCCAAAUAGCCCAAUUGAUUGUCCUCCAUCAAGGCUGACCUUUGUCCUUCUUCUGGGUGUCCCCCUUCAGGUGCAGAUGUAUUUCUCCUGUCUGCCGGAGGACAAGGUGCCCUACGUCAACAGUCCCGGAGAGAAGCACAGGAUACGCCAGCUCCUUUACCAGCUGCCCCCCCACGACAAUGAGGUGCGGUACUGCCAGUCCCUGAGCGAGGAGGAGAGGAGGGAGCUGCUGAUGUUCAGCGGCCAGAGGAAGAGGGAGGCGCUGGGCCGCGGGACGCCCAAGGUCCUCCCCCGAGCCCUGCAGCACAGCCGCUGCGAGAACUGCAGUGGAGGCAUCAACGGAGGGGAGAUGGCCGUCUUCGCCUCCAGAGCAGGGCCGACCCCCUGCUGGCACCCGGGAUGCUUCUCGUGCUCCACGUGUCAGGAGCUGCUGGUGGACCUCAUCUAUUUCCACCACAACGGACAGAUCCACUGUGGGAGGCACCACGCCGAGGUGCUGAAGCCACGCUGCUCCGCCUGCGAUGAGAUCAUCCUGUCUGACGAGUGCACGGAGGCCGAGGGACGCCACUGGCACAUGAAGCACUUUGCCUGCUACGAGUGCGAGGCCAUGCUGGGGGGCCAGCGGUACAUCAUGAAGGACGGCCGCCCGUACUGCUGUGGCUGCUUCGAGUCGCUCUACGCCGAGUACUGCGAGGCUUGUGGCGAGAACAUCGGUGUGGACCACGCCCAGAUGACCUACGAAGGGGUCCACUGGCACGCCAACGACCAGUGCUUCUGCUGUGCCCAGUGCAAGUCCUCCCUGCUGGGCUGUCCCUUCCUGCCCAAAGAGGGUCGCAUCUACUGCUCCAAGGCCUGCAGUCAGGGGGAGGACGUCCAUGCCUCGGAUUCCGCCGAUUCGGCCUUCCAGUCGGCACGCUCCCGCGAGUCCCGCCGCAGUGUCCGCAUGGGGAAGAGCCGGCCGGCGGAUCAGUGGAGACAGUCCCAGGUGUUGAGCCCCCCUCCCGCUGCCGUGAACCCCUCAGAGUGCAAGUGCACCGAUGGCGAUGUCGACGGGGGCAUGGACACCAACGUCAAUCAGGACAUCGAUAUCGUAGGGCGUAAGCUGGCCCAGGCCGGACUGGAGGAGGAGAGGUACUGGAGAGAGAGGGAGGAGCAGGAGGCGGGCGGAGACGAGGACCCGGAGGAGUGGGCGCAGCACGAGGACUUCAUGACUCAGCUUCUGCUUAAGUUUGGCGAUUGCGGGAUGUUCAGUCAACCGUCGCCCGACGCCACAAGCCCCGGCAGUGACCGCAUCAGACCGAAGGAGGUCUCUGAUCCCUGGCUGAAACCCGAUCCUACUUCCAUGGGGGUGAACCUAUCCUCGCCGACUUCUCCAAGUCCAUCUCAGAGUCAGAUCUACAGUCAAUCCCAAAGCAAUAGCCUCAGCCCUGGAUUUAUAAGUAAGAAAAACCUCCCUGAGAUGUACUGGACUCAGUCCCAGGACGGCUUGGGAGACUCUGCCUAUGGGAGCCACCCUGGCCCAGCUAGUGCCAGGAAGAUACAGGAGCUGGAGCUGGACAGAGAGGAGGACCAAUGUGGACCAGGGAGGAAAACCUUCUGGAGGGACCCAAGGCAAUGGUAUGAAGACUCCUUGGAGUGUAUCACUGACGAGUUGAGAAAGGCCGAACAAGGUGUAGGAGACUCCAUGGACUCAUUGGCCCUUUCCAACAUCACAGGUGCAUCGGUAGAAGGAGACAGCAAAGAACGAACCAUCUUAUACUCGCUCCACGGUUUAAAGCCGCCCCUAGAGUCCGUCGAGGACUGCGAGAAGAUGAGCAACAUGGGAACUCUCAACUCAUCCCACCUUCACCACAGCGCUAACUCCUUGAUGGUCCCAGAGCUGGACAUCCACCACCACCAACACCAACUACAGCACCAACCCCAUCUCCUCCAACGCCAGCAGAGGUCAGCAGUGGAGGUGGACGAGGAGGUCGCCAACGAGAUGGGAAUGAUGGGAAUGAGAGGAUGUGCCUCGGGGGCCUCCUUCUCAUUAUCCCCCACCUCCCAGGAGGUCUCUUCUCCGUCUCUGCUGCUCCAGGCCCCGGCUCUGAGGAGAAGCCGGUCCCAGGGCAGGCCCCCGCAGAUGGUCAAGUUCUCAGAGGACACCGUGGACAACGGCUGUUACGACGGCAUGGAGGUGAACGUCAGGCAGCACCCCAUGAGCGAGCGGCCCCAGCGGAGGGGUCACCGCCGAGCCGAGGAGCCGGCCAGGGAACACGGACGCCCGGCCAGCCACCACGGUCGGAGCAGGCCGGCCCACCACAGCGGCAGGCAGCGCAGGAGCCGCAAAACCCGCUCGGACAACGCCCUGAACAUGGUUCCCCUGGAGCAGAUGCAAAGGCCCUACGAGACCCAACGGGCGGUUCCGGGUGAGCCUCAAGGCGGGGCGAUAUUCGGCCAGUCUUCCCAGUGCAGACUGCCCCCCCAGUUUCCUCAAAGCCAGGCCGAUUACGCCGUCCCGAACUCGGUGCCCGUCAGCGACCCGCGGGUCGAACGCAUCAUGGAUCUGUACAGAGACGAGGACGACUGGUGCUCCACCUGCUCCUCCUCUUCCUCAGACUCGGAGGAGGAAGGCUACUUUUUGGGCCAGCCGAUCCCUCAGCCUCGUGCCUCCGGUCGCUACCAGUACUAUACCGAGGACUACCCCACCAGGGUCACCGCCCUUUCCCCACAAAGCCUAGGCUCACGGACUACUCGCCGCAAAAGCCACAAAGCCAAAAACUGUAUCAUCUCUUAACAUCCUGAGACAAGCUUGCCGGACCUGAAUUUAUAUAAAGGGGAUGCACUCCAUUAAGCAAGGAAACCAGAAUUUCUGAUUUGAUAGUUACUUGGAUGUGGAUCAGGUUUGUGAGUCUAGCCAGCAGUGGGGAAAGAGAUUUUGUAUAGAAAAGUCAUCAGGUAGCUCACUUACAUCUCGAGUGUUUGGGUUUCAGGUCAUGAUUUACCAAAGUGACUGCCACUUCAUUUUUUUGCAGUUUCAAAAGGUCAUUCCAGAAGUGUAUAGUUGUUAUUAUAAUCUAUUUAAUUGUGAUUAAUAAAGCUUUUUUCAUGGAUGCUUACGUGAAGUAGUGUGCGGCGGACCGCAUGGACAAAUGCUGUGUAUUAUCCUUUUUUUUUUCAUGGACUCUAUACCCAUUUCCUCUUAUUGCCAAAUGCCAUACAUAUCAGCUCGGAUACACAAUACAAGUUAAUCCUUCAAAUAUGGGACACAAACUUCUGAGUCAGCAAAGGACAAAAUCUGAUUAGUGCAAUAUGGAGUUUGAAUAACAGGCUUUUGCGUAUGCCUGACUUGUGGAACUUUAUUUUCUAGCACUAUAAUGGACAUAUGGAGGGAGUCAGUUAAAAAAAGUUUGGAGGCAUUUUCUUGUAUCCCUAUAGUUUUGAUAUUUGCCAAUAAACAACUUUGCUUUGUUUUUAAAUUUGCAGUCUGCGAGUUUUGAAACAAUCCCAUUGUAAAAACAGAGGUUUGAUUAUUUACCAAGCAACUAGAAACUAACCAAAUAAUUAUUUAUGAGUAAAUUGAUACUGUAUAUAUUAAGUUAAGAUUUUAAUACCGGUAUUUUUGGAUCCUUGUUUUAAGUUUUUUUUUUACAUCGUUUAAAAAGGAAUGCCAUUUGUAAACACAACUUCAUAGAUGUUUUCAAAGCACAAUUGGUUGCUACAACACAAGCCAAUUUCGGCGGGGUGAAAUGUCAUUAUUCAACAAUCAAGUCUCAAUAAUAUUUCCAGUGAUAUUAUAUUGUAAAAAGUACACAAUGCUCUUGUCCUGGUAUUAGUGCUUCAAUUCCUAUUCAGUCAAGGUACUCGCUACGCUGUACCAUCAUUUAAAUGCUUUGCAAUAUAAAAGCUUUUAAUAAAAAACACUUUGGAAAGCUUCAUAUGGGAUUUUACUAUUUCAUUAAAAUUGAAGAAAUUUUCGGUUUUCAAACCAUAGCUAACAAGUAAACAAUAGUUGUUCACUAUUUACCUACCAAAGUGCUCUUGAGCAUAUGGUAUGAGGUAUGCUUAUUGAAUUGGAUUUCAUGAACUACAUCAACAACAUAAAGAUAUGCAUUUGUUAAAGGGUUUUAUUUAAUAUUCAAAAGUUAAAUCACGAUACAUAAUUUUGAUCACAAUACACAAACGUUGUGCAGUAUGACAAAAAUAUGUUUCAAAGGCAAAAACAAACAAAACAAAACCGAACCAUCAUCUUUGAACGAGCUGUACACAAUUGGAACAUAUUUGGAAGCAGAGUCCACAUGUCAAUUUCAAAGUUUACUGCGUAACGACAUACAUGCUACAAAACAGCUCAGUGUCACUUGUCUGCUUCCAUGUACACCAAUCCUACUUGGUUAACAAAAACAGUAAAUAACAUGGAAGAUGUAAGCAAAUUAAAACCGCAUUGGCACUGUCUGCUCCAGAAAAUCAUUUGACAACAUUUAAAAACAUAACACAUCUAUAAGAAUAAAUAAAAAAAAAGGACGUUACAUAUUUCCUUACUUCCUUUCUUAUCCGUUCAAUGAAAAAUAAUGAAAAGAAAAUUGUUGCCAAGUACAUUUAACUGGCUCCAAAAACAAUGUGGAUGUGAACCAUGGCAACACUGUUCAUCACCACCGACGUAUGCACCAUAUUCCCAGCCUGCCGCUGGGUUUGACCCUGACAUACAGGAGGUAUUGUUCAUGCGUCUGGCUCGAAACUGAAGAAAUCCAGCACUCCAUAUCUUCAAUCGUCUCAAUUAACGUUCAACAUUCCUCCCCUCCACCCCAAAAUACAGACAAAAAUUCCGUCCGAAUAUCUUUUCAAGAUCUCCGGUCUCCGAUUGGCCACCGUUUACUGCUAGAGAGUUUGUGAUUGGACGGGGCGGCGGGUCAGGCUAGCGUGUCCGGCUGCCGUACCGCCUCGUCCAGCUCGCUGAUAAAGUGCUUGAGGUCCUCCAGGCACCGCUCCCGGAUCUCCCCCAGGUUCUCCCGGAGCGGGACCUGCAGCUGCUUUUCCAAGUUGGGGUCCUUGGCCACCAGCAUCUUCACCACCAUGCCGAAGGUCUCGCAGUCCUGCCGGUACACCUGCAGGGGACAGGGCAGGGGGGGAAGAGGAGAUGAUGAGGCAGGCUAAGUGCAUCCCUUGUGGGUAGUGCUACGGUCACAGGUCCAAUGUCUAGACGUUGUACGUCCUGGCACGUAAUGUACACACUUAUUGUAUGUCAUAUUUAGUUAUAGUACUAAGUUAUGCAGCAUCGUAUCCUGGCUAUCUUUGUUGUGUACGGGGAAUGGGUUAACCUAGCUGUUGUUAGUGCUUGACACU